UAUGUCCACUAUGAGAUUGAUUACCCAAAGAAAUUGCCAUCUGCUGAAUUACUAAGGAAAGAGGCAUUACUAGGCAAGCUGCCAUCAGAGAUAGGAGAUGAUGGUAGCGUACAGAUGUACCCACCACAGUGGAUCCAGUGUGACCUGCGAUAUUUUGACAUGUCAACAUUAGGUAAAUGUGCCGUUGUUAUGGCAGACCCACCCUGGGAUAUUCACAUGGAGCUGCCUUAUGGAACCAUGGGUGACAAUGAGAUGAGGGGACUGGACAUUCCUAAACUUCAGGAUGAGGGAUUCAUAUUUCUGUGGGUCACAGGAAGGGCUAUGGAGUUAGGCAGAGAAUGUCUGGAGCUUUGGGGGUAUAAGCGAGUGGAUGAAAUUAUCUGGGUCAAGACAAACCAGCUUCAGAGAAUCAUCAGGACAGGCAGGACAGGGCACUGGAUUAAUCAUGGCAAAGAACAUUGCUUGGUUGGUGUGAAAGGGAACCCUAAAGGAGUCAACAAAGGAAUGGAUUGCGAUGUCAUUGUUGCAGAGGUUCGGGCAACCAGUCAUAAGCCUGAUGAGAUCUAUGGAAUAAUUGAGAGACUGUCGCCAGGUACAAGGAAGGUGGAGCUGUUUGGUCGUCCACACAAUGUGCAACCAAACUGGAUAACACUUGGCAAUCAGGUGGAAGGAGUUAGGCUCAAGGAUCCUGAUAUUGUCAAACUAUUUCGGGAGAAGUAUCCUGAUGGAAACUGCAUGGGUCCACCCAAACCCAGAUAG